CGGAUGCUGAUGUUGCUCUUAUCGGACGAGGAGAAGGAAGAGGAGAGAGAAAAGACCGAUUUACGGGAAGAAAGGGAGAUACUAAGGCUGGCGGCGUUCGUUUUCAAGGGCCUCAAUAUCUUUAGGACGAUUAUACAACGUAAUGCCAAUAACAUAUGUCUUUAAAAGGAUAUCGCUGAAUGAAUGAAACCGGGACCGGCAAACGAGGAAACGGAGAAAGAGGGGGAGAAGAUGCUGUGAUAUGCACACAGACAGAGAAGGGAGGGAGAGAGGGAACAAGCGAGAGAGGGAGGGGGAGAGUACUACGCUGAAGAUGCUUGUUUUACUAGAAACGCGUUUUUUCUCUGCAAAAUCAACUAACCUGUGUCUAGUUGAAGAAAUACGUUGUUUUACCACAGAAAGAAAUUUUAAAAGCGUUAAAUAUUGACAAAGGCUAAGAGUCGUGAACCAAGAUAGCGAAAUAGAAAGGAUACAGUGAGGGUACUUGUUUUCUUAAUAAUAAGGAAGGUAAUUCCCGGUUUCUGACCUGUAAAAUUAUAUAGUGUGUGUCUUUCUCAUGAUAUUUAGUAAUUUCUUAAAACAGCUGUUUAUUCGAUGAGGAUUAAAAGGAAUGUACAGGGACAAGCUGUGAGAUAGUAAGCAGGGAGUGGAAAGAAGAGGUGAUGGGCAGGGAGGGAGGAUUUAAGACACAUCUAUAGACAAAAUGCGUUUUCAAGUAUUGUGAGCAUUUCAUUUUCAAACAACACCGAUAUUUAUAAUUCAGAAGAGGAGACGGACUAGUGCGCGAGCCGCCGAUGCUUGUGAGCAUAUGAUUAAUAAUUCGAUCAUUAAAUAUAUUAUUUUUUAAAGUAAUUCUUAUUUCUGUCUUCAUUUUUGCUAUAAUUGAUACUUGAAUUCUGUUCAGUGUCUCACAAAUUUGUUUUCAUCCAGAAACGUUUAUGCCUCUACCCUCUACCUCUGCCCGUUCGUUUCUCCUUCCUCUUUCAUUGCCCCCCUCAUUCCUUUAACUACCAAAACAAAUACUGCAUCUACCUUUGUCAUCUACCUAAAUCUGCACCGAUAAUACAACACCGCAAAUGUAAAACAUUGCAAAUAUUUUCCGGGAAUACUUGCUGUACCUUAUAUUCAUAUUAGUAAUGAAAAGUGAGGAGUAGGCCACAAAAUUGACAGUACUACUACAACCUCCCUGCAUCUCUCUCUGUAGCUUAUUAUUGUCUACGAUUUGUAAUGUCUUUACGUUACCGUUUCGCGUUCAGGACGGAUAGUUAUAAAUUCCUGUUUAAAAUAUUGUAGUUAGAUAUUAUUAUUGUUAUAGAAUUCACUGUAAACCGUACAAGUACAGUAUGUCCAGUAAAGAAUUGUCAGGGAGUCAGUCGGCUCAAUAUGUUGGGCCUUACCGGUUGGAGAAAACGCUGGGGAAAGGACAGACAGGGCUGGUGAAGCUGGGAAUUCACUGUAUCACAGGACAGAAGGUAGCCAUCAAAAUAGUCAACAGAGAAAAGUUGUCAGAGUCUGUGCUCAUGAAGGUGGAAAGGGAGAUUGCUAUUCUCAAACUAAUAGAACAUCCUCAUGUGUUGAAGCUGCAUGACGUGUAUGAGAAUAACAAAUAUCUAUACCUAGUGUUGGAGCAUGUAUCCGGAGGGGAGCUGUUUGACUACCUGGUAAAGAAGGGGAGGCUGACACCCAAAGAGGCCAGAAAGUUCUUCAGACAGAUCAUCUCAGCACUGGACUUCUGUCACAGUCACUCAAUCUGCCACAGGGACCUAAAGCCUGAGAACCUGCUGCUAGAUGAGAAAAACAACAUCCGAAUUGCUGACUUCGGCAUGGCCUCUCUUCAGGUGGGAGACAGCCUCCUGGAGACCAGUUGUGGGUCCCCACACUAUGCCUGUCCAGAAGUUAUUAGGGGUGAGAAGUAUGAUGGCAGGAGGGCAGACGUUUGGAGCUGUGGGGUCAUCCUCUUUGCACUGCUGGUGGGCGCCCUGCCCUUUGACCAUGACAACCUACGGCAGCUGCUGGAGAAGGUGAAGAGUGGGGUGUUCCACAUGCCUCACUUCAUCCCCCCUGACUGCCAGGCCCUGCUCAGGGGAAUGAUUGAAGUCAACCCGGACAAGAGGCUCACGCUGGAAGCAAUACAAAAGCACAGCUGGUAUCAGGGGGGUAGGAAUGAGCCCUGUCCUGAACAGCCACCCCCCAGGAGGGUGUGUGUGCGCCGUAUCCUGUCUCUUACUGAGCUAGACCCCGACGUACUGGACAGCAUGCACUCCCUGGGCUGCUUCAGAGACAGAGGAAAACUCACACGAGACCUGCAGUGUGAAGAAGAUAAUCAGGAGAAGAUGAUCUAUUACCUCCUCCUGGACCGGAAAGAACGAUACCCCAGUUGUGAGGAUGAAGACCUGCCCCCUAGAAAUGACAUAGCAGACCCGCCCCGGAAGAGAGUGGACUCCCCGAUGCUGACGCGUCAUGGCCGCUGUCGUCCCGAGAGAAAGAGCCUGGAGGUGCUGAGCGUCACGGAACAGGGCUCCCCCACGCCCCCCCGCAGGGCGCUGGACACUGCGGCGCACAGCCAAAGGUCUCGGUCGGUUAGUGGAGCUUCCACUGGACUUUCCUCCAGUCCCCUCAGCAGUCCCAGGGUCACUCCCCAGGGCUCUCCGCUCCCCACCCCACUUGGUACCCCUGUCCACCACCCCCAGCAUCCCCCUCCCACCCCUCCUUCUUCUUCCUCCUCCUCUUCCUCCUCACGGGCGGAAGGUGGUGGAGUGGGUGUGGGCUCCCUCUCCCUCACUCCACCGUCCAGUCCUGGGGGUGGUGGGGGCAUGGCAGCAAGUAGUUCAGCCCAUUGGAGGACCCGACUCAACUCCUUCAAGAACAAUCUACUGGGCUCGCCCCGUUUCCAUCGCCGCAAGCUGCAGGUCCCAACAUCUGAGGACAUGUCCAGCCUGACUCCAGAGUCCAGUCCUGAACUGGCAAAAAAGUCCUGGUUUGGGAACUUCAUCAGUCUAGAGAAGGAAGAGCAGAUCUUUGUGGUGAUCAGAGACAAGCCUCUCAGCUCCAUUAAGGCUGACAUCGUCCAUGCAUUCCUCUCUAUCCCUUCCCUCAGUCACAGUGUCAUCUCUCAGACCAGUUUCAGAGCAGAAUACAAGUCCUCUGGCGGUCCCUCUGUCUUCCAAAAACCUGUCAAGUUCCAAGUGGACAUUGCAUUCUCCGAGGGAGAGAGGGAGCGAGAGAGAGAAAGAGCAGAAAGGGAGGGAAAGAGGGAGACUGGCAUCUACAGCGUGACUUUCACCCUCAUAUCAGGUCCAAGCCGCAGGUUUAAAAGAGUGGUGGAGACCAUUCAAGCCCAGCUGCUCAGCACUCAUGACCAGCCCUCUGUGCAGGCUCUUGCUGAUGAAAAAAAUGGGCAGCUGUCCUCUCGGCCACCUGGCACUCCGACCCGCCAGAACUCACGUCGCUCAGAGGGCGGAGGGGAUAGGGGCGAGUGGGGUGAGAGAGGAGAAGGAGGGGGGAUAGGAGGAAGUGGAGGGGCGUUACAGCGCAGAGGGUCUGGCAAAGACAAGACAAGGCUCCUGUCCUCCAAUGGAACACAGUCUCAACCCUGAGAGGAAAAUAUUACAACCAGUCCGUGCCGAAACAGGCCACAGUUUUACCCAAACCAACACUGAAAAUUAGGCAAAAAUGACCAAUGAAAUGAAAACUUUUGGUAAAUCGUCACCAUUGGAAACUCAAAACUCCCCAAAGACAAAAAAAUUCUUUUAUUUCAACUCAAGAUGAUGGUAUAUUUCUCAUUAUAAAUGUUCUCAUGCCUCACUGGAAAUGAAAUGGGGAAAUUCAAUAAUUGUAGAAGAAACAAGUGGAAACAGUAACCUCUACAAAGCUCAAAUUUCCUGCAGUCAAAGAAGUGCAACCACAGACAACCACGGAGAAAAAAGGUAGCCAUAUGACUGAAGGAUGCAAAGUUGAAAUUCUUUCAACAGAAGAAACAUAUUGGAAAGGGAUGGAGGAAACCCACUGCCAAAAGUAUGAAAAGCACGAUACAUAUUUAUUGAGCAAAGGAUAAUCAUAUUCAAAUUAAAAUUGCCUGCCCCUGAAAAACAAUUUAAAGCAUAAACGGUAAUAUAAACAUUGUACUACUGAUGUACAUCCAGUGAAGCAAGUGAAGGACGUUUAAAUGGAACAAAACUGUAUCAUUACCACAAUUCACUAUUGCAACUCUCAAAAGAGGAAAGGAAGAGUCAACCAGGAUGACCCUCAAAGAAAGAGCAGAUCAGAGGUGAAGACAAAUGGAAAUACCAAUUAUAACAGUGAAAUCAAGAGGAUGUAAAUCUUCCCUCACUUAUUUUUUUUACUCACUUCAGAAUGUGUGGUACUUUGCGAAGAAGUCGACAUGAUUUUGGAAAAUUCUCCAGGGGUAAUACCACUGCUCAUCGAAAUAUGUAAACCAUGACUUAAAUGUAAUUAUCCAUACACCUAGUUUUAAGCAUACCUAAUAUCAGUUGUUGGUUUUUAAUUUGAGACCUAAGCUAGUCAGGGAUAUAGCAACACACCCAUGAUAUAAGCAUAUUUUAAUUAAUUAAUGGCAAGCAAUUACACCUAAUACAUGUGCAGCAAAUUGUAUUUGAACCCAGUUCAAAGCUACUUUCAUCCACUGAAAAUUGAAGUUCCAAAAAGAAAGAAAUUUCCAGGGAGGCAAUGAUAGAAUUAUUUUGAAACUGCAGACCCAACCAGUCCAAAUAAAUUUCCCAUGUGAAGGAAGAAAUCAGGUGAAUUAUAGAAUUUGUCAAAAAUGGUCCAAAGCCAUGACUCAACUUCAAAUUCAUUAAAGUGAUGUAGACAAAAGGCUAGUUUACUAAGGCUUAGACCAAUACAGUUAAAUAAAGCAGAGACUUACAUGUCAUGGGAACCGACAGGCAAUCGCGCAGGUUAUUAAGCUAAAAGAUGUGGGAUCCAGACUGCUUUCCCAAAAACUCUGCACUAGUCCCUGCCAUUUCAAAACUUACUUUGUUAAUCUGUGACAGUCCUCGGACACAUCUGCCUCCCUAGUGCCACUGAAUCAACCAGCGGAGCCUGACAUUUUCAGUUUACCUAUCAACCUGAGGCUGGGAGAAGGAACAGAAAACAUGAAAAAUGUGAAGAAUAAAGAAACCUUGAGCUUUCAGUGAUGGAUUUGUGGAGCUCAUGCAACAAAUAAGGGAAAAUAAAUUGUGAGACAGUGACUCUCCAUAAGAGAAAAACACACAAAAAAAAAUCCUGCACGUUUAAAAAAGGAGAAGGUACAAAUGAAAUUCAACACUGUUUUUUAGUUGAUUUUCAUUGUGACUGUGAACUCAAAGAAAUUUAACAAGUUUGUUUCUGAAUGAACGAUGGAAAAGCUAACCAAGUGAAUGUCAAAAUUGUUACAUUUUUAUUUAUGUAUUUUAUUUAUUUAAACAUAUGUAUUUAUUAAUUUUUGAGAGGAGGAUAUAAGAAGGUUUAAAAGAUGGUAGUAGCAUUGAUUAAGAUGAACAAUGAGAAGAAACCAGAUCAGCAGAACUAACGGACUGAAACUCAAUCUCUCAAAGUAUGAGAAUGUGAAAUUGUUGAUACUCAGUGCUGAAUCAAAAUGGUCUUCUAAACAGAAACUAAAAUAGGGAUAAUCACAGAAAAGAGUCUUAAAUGAAAACAGAGAGCCUCCUUUAAAACCAUUCAAAACAUUCUGCAAAAGUCAGUCCUUCCAGAUUUUUAUUUAAAUAUCAUUGUCAUUUUUCCUUCUUACUUUGGUGAAGAUAUGUCACACUAAAUGUUGAAAAUGAACCAAAACAGGCUGAGACAUUCUGAAAAAGAACUUCUUAAAAAUAGGUACAAAAAUGAUAACAUGACAAAAAACACCAAGAACAAAAUGGGAGACUAAAAGAAUACACACUGAACCUAUUGUUUCUGACUGCAAACAUGCUUAUAUGUAUUGUUGCAAAAAUCCAGAGAAAAUUCCAGAGCAAAGAAUAUGCAUAACUGAGUGAUUCUCUGAAUUUGUCGCAUCCAUACACAGUAUUCACACAGUGACUUCAUAUACUAGACUCCACGGUGUACUAUGGACAUUCUUCUCAUAAAACUGGCCUCGAAACUGGAAUGCACUGUCUUAAACAGAAUUGUAUACAGCAAAACAAAUGAAGUAGUUGCCUUCCUUCUGCCCAAGGCAACACUCCCCCAACACUCCC